UCAAAAGCGCUACAUGUGGCAAUUUUAAGAACUAUCAAUAGCAGUAAUGAAUCUAUACAAAUAAAACCACUAUAAUUAUAGAUAAUAUGUUAGCACAAUUAUUUGUGGUGGUCGUCGUUGAAUCCGAAAGAAGAAAGGAGAUUUAGAAACAUAACAUAACUGACUUGAUGUUAACAUUCUUAUUGAAAUGGAAUGCCCCCAUCUAAACAAUUCUAUUAAAAUUGUGAAAUCCGUCAAUAGAGAUAAAUCCCUAGAAUGGAAUUGUUUUACUUGUAACACAAAUAAAAGUCCAUGGAUUUGUAUUCACUGUGGUGUUAUAAAUUGUGGAAGGUACGUUAAUGGACAUGCCAAAGCCCAUUUUGAAGAAGACAAUAAUCACAUGAUUUGCAUGGACUGUGAAAAUUAUUCUGCUUAUUGCUAUAUAUGUGAUGAUUUCUUAGUCAAUGACUGCAAGGAACUUAAUUUUCUUCGAGAGCUAUUGCAAUCAACUAAUGAGGGAGAAAGCAAUAAAUCAGUCAAGCGACAAGUUUUGAUUGUUGAAGAAGAAGAAAAUAAAAGAUGUAAAAGAUAUAAAAAAGGAAUAAAAAAGAAAGGUUAUUGUAAAGCUAGAGUAUCUGGACUUAGAAAUUUAGGAAAUACUUGCUUUAUGAAUGCAGUUUUACAGUCUUUGAGCAAUAUCAAGCAGUUUUCUUGUUACUUCAAAGAACUACCGUCAUUAGAACACAAAAAUCACAAAAACGGAAAGAAAAAUAAUCAUAUCAAAAGUAAUAGCAAUGGAAAUGAUGUAUUAUUGGCAGAAGAAUUACGAAAAACUCUUAUUUCACUACGACAGGGUAGCAAAAGUGCUAUAUCUCCUGAAUCCUUGUUUGCUGUAAUUUGGAAAGUAGUUCCUCGAUUCCGUGGUUACCAACAACAAGAUGCUCAUGAAUUUUUAAGAUACAUGUUGGAUCGACUCCACAUGGAAUUGCUGAACAUACUACCUUAUCCUAAAGAUCAGAGUACCUUCUUCAUUGGAGCUAAGGGAAAAGCAACAAUUGUUACUACAAUAUUUGGUGGCAUUUUGCAAAAUGAAGUGACUUGUCUUGCUUGUGGUACAGAAUCCAAAAAGCAUGAUCCUUUUUUAGAUCUCUCGCUAGACAUUCCACCUACUGCACUAGGAAAACCAUUAUCCAAUAAGCCAAAAGAAGAAGAACUACCUAGUCUUCAGUUGAUUGACUGUCUGAGUAGUUUUACUGAACUUGAAGAAUUAGCUGAUAGUGAAUUGUACCUUUGCCACUCUUGUAAAAUUAAACAAAGAUCAACUAAAAGAUUUUGGAUCCGCCGCCUACCAAAUGUAUUAUGUUUACAUCUCAAACGCUUUAGGUGGAACAAUUUCUUUAGAACAAAAAUAGACAAUUACAUUAAUUUUCCAAUUCAAGGCCUUGAUAUGAAUAAAUUCAUUCUGGUUAAUAGGCAUGAAACUAGAGGAACUUCAAGUGGUAGUACACUAUAUGAUUUAGCUGCUGUGAUAGUCCAUCAUGGAACAGGUGCCGGUUCUGGUCAUUAUACUGCAUAUGCUACUCAUGAUGGGUGUUGGCAUCAUUUCAAUGAUAGUUCAGUCACAGUGACUGAUGAAAAAACUGUUGCUAGUUGCAAAGCUUAUAUUCUUUUCUACAUUCGCAGAGAGGUGAAUUUGACACCUUUUAGUGUAUAAAACCAUCCUAAAUGUAUUUAUAUCAAGUCUCAGUAUCGACACUGAUAAAUUACAGUUAAGUGAAAGAAAAAAAGGUGAUAUGGACUUGUUCGAGUUUCCUGAUGAUGCUUCUGAAUGUUUUGUUUUAGGGCCCAAGUUACUGCAUUUAUUUUCUUAAUAUAAGUAUGAAUAUACUGCUAAUAGCUUUCAAGUUCGGUUUUUAUGUUUCAUGCAAUCAUUUGCUUGUGAGUAUAUUGGGUUCUGUUUUUAGGGAAUAAUAAGAAUUAAUAACAAUUUGCACUUCCUUCCAAUGCUAAGAAUAUAUGAAUUAUAGUCAUAAUAUGAUAUACUAUAAAUUAUGGCCAUAAGCAAAUGGAUUGUGGUGAAUAGAUUUGGCUUAUAAUCAUAAAAUUUGUCAUGUCAGAGUGGAUACUGUAGCUAUUCAUGUAUAUAUCUGUGAUUACGAAAUGGUUAUCUGCCAAUUCAAAUCCUGCUCAGUUUUACUGUUAUUUUAGUUCAGUUUUGCUGCUAUAAUUAAAUACAAUACUUGCCGCUUAUAAAAAUCACAUUCGUUCAGAGGACAUUUGAUUUCUUUAGACAAAUGAUUUUAUUAACUGAAAAAAAGGUAAUUAAAAGAUAAUUUUGAAGCCUUUUUUUAUUUUAAUUAGAAAUUAAUGACUAUAUUUCAUUUUGACUGUUUUUUCUAUAUAUUAUUAUUGAGCAUGAGCUGCAGUUUUAAAUUUACAGAAAGAUUUUAAAAUACUGGUGAAUUAUUGUUUGAAAUAAAAUGUGUCGCAUUGUUUAAAACUCUCUGAAAGGUUUUUCGAUAAUACCACUAUAGUGAAGUGUAAAUUCAAAUAAAUUUCGGAAAUAUUCUUGAUUCUCAUAUCUUGCUUUUUACAGAUUUGAUUUUGAAAAGUGGCUGAUUUUAUAGCAGUGAUUUUAGUAGUGGUGGUCACUGUACUUAGAUUAUUUAGAAAAAUAUUUUUAAGCAAGCUUUUUUAAUGUUUUAUUUUGCCAAUGAUAAAACAACUAACUUUGAUUUACUUUUUUUCAGAAAAUAUUAAAUCAAUGUUUUUAUUUCAUUGGUUAUAGGAAUAAAAUAUGUGCAUUUUAACUCAGGCAUUUUAUUUAUAUUAAUAUGUUGAAAAUUUUGAAAUGAAAAAUUAAUGUUUUUUUGGUAAAAACUGUCUUUAAAAGUAAAUAAAAAAUCAAUGUCUGAAAAAUGUUGGUUAUAGGAAUAAAAUAUGUGCAUUUUAACUCAGGCAUUUUAUUUAUAUUAAUAUAUUGAAAAUUUUGAAAUGAAAAAUUAAUGUUUUUUUUGGUAAAAAGUGUCUUUAAAAGUAAAUAAAAAAUCAAUGUCUGAAGAAUUUCAAAAAGCCCUUUUUUGGAAUACACACCUAAAUUACAAGAAGAAAAAAAAAGUCUAAAAUUAUUGUUGAAAUGUUUUUUUUUUUUUGUGAGAUAUGAGAAAUGAUACAUCUAAAUUUACCAUUUUAGCUUCCGAAUUCUUUCAAAUAAUGAUUUAAGCAGAAACACAAUAUUUUAAAUUUCACUCAUUUUAUAAAUUUUAAAAAGAAAUAUCUUUUUGUUUGUACUUUAUUUUUGUUAUCUUGUUAACUUUUUUGUCUACUGUGUUAGUCUUUAAUUAUUGUUUUGAAAUCCUAGAUGAAAUUGACUGAACGAAUUUUUAAUAAUUAAAAAUAGUUUAUAUUGUAGUAGAAUAUUUUUUGUCAAAAAUUUAGUGGAAAGUUUCAUUGAACGAAGAUGAUGAAAUCAAUAUAAAAAUUGCAUUAUGAACCCGAAGAAUUUUUUUUAUUUAAAAUGAAUGGAAAAUAGAUGUGAUAGUUAUUUACAGAAUGUUUUUUAAUCAGUUAAUCUGUGAAUUUAAAUAUUUUCAGAAUUUAAAAAAAUACACUUUAAUCAUCUAUAGUAACAUAUUUUCAAUACAAUUUUUCCUUAUUGCAUUUAGUUGAAAGUAAUAAUAGACUAAAAGAAAUUCUUUUAAUCAUUAUUGUUCUGUUUGAUGGCAAAAUUUGCAUGAGGAAUCUUUUUUUAAGUUUUUAAAGUUAGUUUAACAUGAACAGUUAUAGCUUGUCGAUCGCUAAAAGAUUUAAAUUUCAUGAUCAUAAUUUCAUUGUUUUUAAUCAUACAAGUUAUUGUUGAAUUAUUAUUGUAUAUAAUUGAUUUGUUAUAUUUUGUGUGUUUCCAUUAUGUGUACAAAUUUGUGAUUGUAGUUUUAUACAUGGCACAACCUGAGUGAAUUUAUUCUUAAAUAUAUUUGUUUUCCCACUCUUGUUUGACAUAUCUUGUACAGUCCCAUAUUGCUACAUUUAAAGACUAUUUCAAAAUCUCAGCUAGCUGAAUUUGUUCAAUCAAAUUCAAAUUAACGUGUUGAAUUAAAUUUAAAAAAAAAAUUAUUCAUGGAUUACAGAAUAAAAUACCUUUAGCUUUGAAUAAAAUAUAAAUAUUAAGAAUUUUUAUUUAUUACACCUGUAUAUAUAAACUAUUUUAGAAUAAACAAUAGUUCAUGAAUUUUACUACAGUUACCUUGAAUUGUAUUACUUUAUGGUUCCUACCUAUAUAAAAGUCAUUUUUUAUUGUUCCAUUUAUGCCCAAAUAUUUAAAGUAUAAUUCUAAUUUUAUUUGUAAAGCUUCUUAACCCAAAUAAGUAUUAGUACAUUUGAAAAUUCAAAGUAUAUGUCAUUGUUAUUUGUUCAAUGUUCUGCAUAUGGAACAUAUACUAAAGAGUCCUAGCUUCCCUAAUAUGGACAUGUCUAAUGCAAGACUUGAUAUUACUAGCUUUUGAAAAUGAUCUGUUUGCAAUAUCAUUAACCAUUGUUACUGUACAUUAAAAUUAUUUCAUAUUUAUAAAACUUUAAUUUAGAUGGAAAUUGGCAAAACGUAAUAAGACUUACUCAAAAGGCAGAUUUAACAAAUAUUAAGAUUUUAAACAAGUAUUCGGUUAUGCAGUGUUGCACAACCUUACAUACUCUAUUUCUUCAUUACAUACUAUUCUCCCUAUUAUUACAUACUCUUUUUUUAUCGGGUCUUUAUUGUGCUACUAUGUUUUCUUAUGCACACUUUUUAUGAUUGAUUAUGAUGUUUAAUAUAUAUUUCCUGUGGAAAAUAUUUUGUUUAAUAUCUCUUAGACUUUGUUAGCAUAAUCAAUUAAUUUUUAUAAUUAAUAAUUUAACAUAUUAAUUCUUGGUGCAGCAGCCCCUAUGACAUCUAAAUUAGGAAUUUGACCAAACAUAUUUUUUGUUUCUUAAAUUCAUAUCGUGACUUAUGGUAUUUUCGUUUUGGGUAUUUCAGUAUUAGAAAAUUUAAUUCCAUUAAAUAAUAUGAGAAAAAAAGUUUUUCAUUUUUGAGGCAGCAUUGUUGACUAUUUUUAUAGCUUUGCUGGUUUCCAUAAAAGUAGCUCUGGAAAUAAAUUUUAUGUAGUAUCAAAAUCAAAUGUGUAGUCUGAUUCUGUGUUAGUUAUUGAAAUAGUUCAUUUCAAUACUUUAAUGCUAUAAAUUUUAUCCAUUGGGCAUAAAUGUUUUUUUAAAAAAAAAAAAUGAGUUUAUCAAAUUAAAUUCCCAUAAUUUAGUAUGGAAAGAUGAAUGAUUUGUUUGCUAUUGUCAAGUUGUAUUGCACAUAAAUGGUGUAAUUAUGUCUUGUCAUUUUUUGAAUGUGUGUAUAAGUGGAAUUGUAAAAAUAAGCAAACAUAAAAAAUAAACUAUUUUUUCUGCA